AUGGCAGCGUUUUAUUCUUAUUCGUGUUUAUGGAAAAAUUGCGGUAAAAGUUUUACUUGCUUAGAAGACUUGAUCGAACAUGUUGAAGAUGUCCAUGUUGAGAAAGAUGCUGCUCCAAUGGAGAAAUUAGACAAUUUAUCACCACCAGCGUUAGCUUUAAGCCAUAUUUUGCGUUUUUUUACUGAAGCAGCUCGCCAAGUACGACGCAAGCAAUUAGCCCAAUUAGCUGCUCAAAACACCAACAAAAGUAGCCAAGUUAGCGAUAAAGGACGCCAUGUUAGUAGUCCAGCAAGUGGUAGCCAUCACAACUUAACUUUCUCUUCCGAUACUACGGCUACAACCACCAGUACAUCCGCUACUUUAACACCAACACAGGUUCAUAUCAGUAAAUCCAGUCAAUACGACCAUGAUGGCAGUGACAGCGAUGAAUCUUGGACAACCAAUGAAACAUUCUCCAGUGAUGCUAUUCUCAGUAUGAUGGCAACCGAUGAAGGCUUAGAGAAACCUUUUGCUUGCCCUGUCCCUGGUUGUAAUAAGCGUUAUAAAAAUGUCAAUGGGAUGAAAUAUCAUGCUAAAAAUGGCCAUAAAAAAGAAAUUCGCGUCAGAAAAGCUUACCGUUGUACCUGUAAGAAAUCCUACCGAUCGGCUAUGGCUUUAAAAAAGCAUUGCAUUAAAGUUCAUCAUGGUAAUCCCAGUGGUGGACUACCGGAACCUGUACGCUCUUUGGAGAUUGAUUUAAUUGCUAAUUCUACAGUUCAGUAA